CUUUCCUACUGUCCCCGCCCAGAUUUUGGUUCGACCAUUUCAAGACAUCUUUUUCUCCACGGACAAGCUAAACAUUUCACAUCGCCUCCUGAGGAAUUUUAUCGCUUAUUAACGUGUACUAAUACAUAAAGUUGCAUUACAAAAGUAUUUCGAAAUGUUUUGUGAAAGUUUAUCGUCGACUUUUUGAAUUUUAAAAAAUGACGUUACGUUAUGAAAUGCUAAUUUUUUUCUUUACUCGCAACGUAUUCGUAGCUCGAUAUCUAGGCUAUAUAUGGACCGAUUUAAUCGAAAAAAGACCCUAAAUGAUGUUUAUGGGACAUCUAGGAGUGCCAAGAAAGAAGCUCGUCAAAGUACCCUGGCCGGCAUCAACCCGGAGGCGGUCAUCAGCAGACUGACCCUCCCAGAGUCGACGGCGACCAGCAUGUGGGGCGGCAGCGUGGAUCUCAGCCUGGAGGCCAACGCCAUCGCCCUCCGAUACCUGAGCGACCAGCAGCUCUCCAGGCUCUCUGUAGGGGGAGGGCAACAGCCCCCCAAGGCCCUUCCCAGGCUCAGCCCCUGCACACUGCUCUCAGAGAACCCCCCAACGGAGAAGAGCGCCAUGGGACUGAGCAGUAUUCUGUCUCCGAACAACAUGUCCUUUGCCACCCGCAAGUACAUGAAGAGGUACGGGCUGAUAGAGGAGGGGAGCGGGAGUGAGGAGGAGCAAUCGGAGAUGGGAUACACUGUACAGUUCCAUGUUCAACAGGAACAAGAAGGGCAAAGAGUGAGGGUUCUGAAGAACAUCACCAACGAGUUGCCCCACUCUGACCCUGUCAUCCCCCAGGCGCUGCAUGCAGACUCAAAGUCAGCUACUCAGAGACUUGCGUCCUAAAAUGCAGCUUUUGGCCCGCGGCGCCAAACACAGUCUGGAGAAAGAGAAUGGCGCCAAAUGGCGGCCAUCUUUAGGAGAAAUGCAGAGGAAGUGUCCUCAACCAGAAGGGUCGAUGGGAAAUUUCUUGGACCUAAGUAGACUUCGACAGUUGCCGAAACUCUUCUAAAGGACCACGGCAACUAAUGUAAAGGGAACUCAAAAUGACAAAUGAAAUGUAUUGUCGAAAUCCAUUGGGAUUUCCAUUUUGUUUCCUUAGUAAGAGGUUUUUUAAUGCUUCCAUACAGUUUUGUUUACACAUUUCAUUUUUUUAAUGCCUCUAUUUUAAUCUUCAUGGUGCUCAUUGUAAUGUAUACAUUUGUUUGUGACCACUGAUGUACAGAGACUGUUAGCGAAUCACGACAGUGCUCUUGGUCUUAUGAGCAAAAUUCUUUUCCUUCUACUACUACCACUUGGGUGUAGUGUUAUGAUUUAGCUCUUCAAUGGUGGCAGCCAGGUCAUUUUCUCUAUUUGAAUUUAAAGGGCUUUUGAUUUUCAACAUGCAAUGGAUGCCAAUUGUUUGAACCAUUUGAAGCUAUUUAAUUUACGUUUUGGCCGUUUAUUUAUAACCACUAUACCCAGUCUCCUGGUAAUUGAUGUGUACCUAUUUAUUUAGUCAAUGUUGGGCUUUUUUCAAAGUCUGACUACAUGGCGAAACAGACUAAAUUCAUGCCAAAUUUUUUUCCUUUCUUUUUUAUGUUGUAAAUAUCUAAGUUUCCUUCAUGCUAUAUUGUUUUUCUUGUGUUUGUACAUGAAAUGCCUUGAGCAUUAUUUCAAGUGUCUCAACUUGAACUUUCUAUUUAAAAUUGCCUCAAUAAAUAUGUACCUGAUUCAUAA